AUGGGGUUCUCAGAAACUAAUGAUUGCCAGCCACGGUGCGUUAUUUGUUUGAAAGUUCUUCCUAACAGUUCCAUGUAUCCCGGAAAAUUGCGUCGUCAUUUUGAAAAGAACCAUCCGGAUUAUGAAGGCAAAACUACUGAUUAUUUUAAACGAAAGCGCACUGAACUAUUGGCUUUUCAAAACAAAAUAAAAACACACGUUCAAACUGACAACGAAAAUGCAUUGAGAGCUUCCUACAUGGUGAGCUACCGCAUUGCUCAAAAAGGUGAAGCUCAUACUAUUGCUGAAACGCUUAUAAAACCAUGUCUUAUUGAUAUAGCAACUUGUAUGCUUGACGAAAAAUUUGCCAAACAGUUGUCAACAAUUCCUUUGUCAAACAAUACUGUUGCGCGACGAAUAGCAGAUUUAGCUACAAAUGUAGAACAAACACUUGUCUCUAUUAUUAAAUACAGAAAAUUUGCUCUACAAAUGGACGAAUCAACUGAUGUGGCAUGUCUAGCUAUUUUGUUGGUGUUUGUUCGUUACGAAAAUAUUCAUUCUUUUAAAGAGGACCUUUUAUUUUGUCGACCACUUUUAUCAAAUACGACGGGGGUCCAAAUUUUCGGAUUAUUGGAUGGUUUUUUCACCGAAAAUAAGAUUCCAUGGACCAAUUGCAUUGAUGUGUGUACUGAUGGUGCGAAGGCCAUGGUAGGAGCAACAGCUGGAGCAGUUGCUAAAAUAAAAGAAAAAUCUAAAGAAAUUCGAAGUAGUCAUUGCAUACUGCACAGACAUGCUCUGGCAAUGAAAACCAUGCCUUUUUCUUUGAAAAACGUUAUGGAUGAUGCUAUAAAAAUAAUCAACUUUAUCAAGUCACGGCCUCUGAAAUCCCGACUUUUUAAAAUUUUGUGUGAUGACAUGGGAAGUCUUCAUAGUACAUUACUUUUCCACACAGAAGUCAGGUGGCUGUCACGCGGCAAGGCUCUUACGCGGUUAAUGGAAUUACGAACUGAAGUUCUUUCAUUUUUAAUGGACCACAACGUUACAUUGGGUGAAAUCAUGAAUGAUGUAACACGGCUCUGUCAAUUUUCAUACUUGGCUGAUAUUUUUAGCAAAAUGAACGAGCUCAGCCUUUCCUUACAAGGAAGGACUAUGACAAUUUUUGAUGCCAGCCACAAAGUAAGUGCAUUCAAAAGGAAAAUUGAUUAUUGGGCACAGUGUACUACUAAAGGCAAAUUUGAAUGUUUUCCAAUAAUGCAAGCCUUUUUGGAAGAAAAUGAUGAGCAGGUUUCUACUAAUAUUGUCAACGAGAUUAUUGAGCACCUCAAACAGCUAAAAAAUUCUUUUGAGCAAUAUUUUCCUGCAGAUCGGGAAGUAUUGUUGAAAGACCAUGAAUGGGUACUGAAUCCAUUCUCAGUUUGUAUGAAACCUUCAAGCUUAUCUUCAAGUGAUUACGAAAGGUUGAUCGAUUUAACUUCUGACUUAACAUUAAAAUCUUCCUUCAACAGCAAUUCGUAUGCCGAAUUUUGGUUAAGUUUGAAAGACAAAAGUUAUGAAGGUUUAAGCGAGAAAGCGAAAACACUAUUUUUACCCUUUGCCACUACUUACUUAUGCGAGUCAGGAUUUUCGUCAUACGCUGCAACAAAAACCAAAUACCGCAACCGCCUCAAUGUUGAACCUGACCUCCGUCUCCAAUUAUCAAAAAUAAAACCUGACAUUGCAAAACUGUGCCAAAAUAAGCAGCCACAUGCAUCACAUUAA